UCGGACGAGAAAUUUGCGAAAAAACGUAAAUGGCUUUUGUUGAACUUGUGGCGAAAACUGAAACGUAAUUUUUUUCAAAGACACCAGAAGGAUUUUUUGAAAAUGGGAAGUGUUGGGAAGUGAAAAGGGAUGCAUUUCCGAUCAUUUCCACUCAAAAUCAUAUUGGGCGAUUUUCUAGCAGAAACGGUUUCUCGGCCUUUGAAAAUAGCUUGCAUUUCUUCAACCUAUCAAUUUCAGAUUUCUAAAAUGUUUGAGUCACUAAUGCCUUUCAAAUAUCCUGAGUACGAAAAUAUUAAUAGGAAAAAUAAUGAAAAAUAAUCCGUCAAAAUAUUUUUUUUGCGACGCAACCCUUGGAUGUUUGUUGAUUUUAUAUUGUUAUUACCUAGUGUGAUGCAAGACUAUUAAAAAAGUGUGAUGCAAAAUCUGAGAAUUUGUAUUUCCUCCAGGACAGUAUAUGCGAAGCAUUAGUGGACAUGAAAUUGCUUUCUGUUCGCUAAUCAGAACGACGUCAAACCUUUCUAAAUCGGAUAAUUUAGCAUACUUUUGACUAAAAAGAUUUCUAGCUAGGGCUAAAUUAUCAGAGAAAUCUCUGAAAAAAGGAGAGAACGAAGUCACAAUUUUUUUUGUACAAAAAAUUUAUUAAUAAAUAAAAAUAAACUAAAUGCUAGUAUGGCGAGCGUCAAUCUGAAAACGUUUGAAGGCAGACUUUUAAUUAUUUUAGGAAUGGAAAGCCAUUGUUUCAGAAGCGGAAGUAACAAAUGAUGGUAAAUGUACAUUUUUACAAUCAUACCAUAUUUUUGCCAUUUCAAAUAUGAUUAAACGACCGAUUGUGGUGCUCGGAGAGGAGUAUGUUGACACAGGAAAUAAAGAUAUGCCGCAUUUAAAUGAGAAACAAGCUCAGUUUAAUGAUAUAAUUGGCAUUUAUCUACCAUUGUUGUUUACGGCGAAUAAUACAUUACAUUAUCCAAUUGUUCUUGGUUAUGCUGCUACUUAUCUCACAGAGUUAGGUAAAUUUAAAUAA